CAACGCACUGGCGCGUCGUAACUUGUCAAAAUUGACAUGUUUACGUGAGAAAUCGGCCAAAGGUUUUUUGUUCAUCUUGGAAAGACUGCAACUUCGGGGAAGUUUGUGUGCUGACUGACAGGCUAUGGCGGGGAAGAUCUCACACACCAGACCACAGACACCUGAUGUCUUGGGCUGGAGUCAAUCGCUCAGACCGCUGAGGUCGCGCUCUUCCAUCACCAAGCAGAACUGGUGCACGAGAUAUGACAAGGAAGAGUGACAGCUUAAGAAAAAGCACAGGAAGCCUGGCAGCAAACUUUGGCAUUAACGGGAAAAUACCGAAGUCUGAAGAGCUGUCUAAUAUUGAAGGAGAAUACAUCAAAAAUCUUCAGCAACAGAUUUACUUUCUGGAGCUGGAAGCAAACUAUUUGCGUGAGCAGGCGAAGAAGGCCACAGACAUGCAUCCUCAGAUGAAGACAGAAGCUGAGAGGAUGCUGUCAAAACUACGGCAAAUGCAGAAAGAGAUGGAUGGGAUGAACCUGGAGAUUCAGAGGAAGGACUCGAGUCUGACAAUUACAUCCACGGAGAAAGAAAGAAUACAGGAGAGGCUACACGCUGAGGAGACUGCCCACAGCCGAGACAAGCGGAUGCUAAUGGAUGAAAUCAUUGAGCUGAAGAAGGAGAAAGACUUGAUAGAGAGGAAAAGCUCUCAGAAAGACAGCACAUUGAUGGAGAUGAAAGCAGAGCUAGAGAGGACAAGCACAGCCUUGAAAUCUGCAGAGCUCAAAAUUGCCACGCUCAAGAACCAGCUGGAGCAGCGAUCAGAACAGCAGAAGAUGACACAGUUUGCCCUGGAGGAGAAAAGAACAGAGCUGCUAUCCUCAGAGACAAGGCUUAAGGAUCUGGAGGAGAAGUAUUACAACAACACCAUCCAGCUACAGGACAAAGUCACCUCUGACCUCAGGGACCAGAUUCGUGUGUUAAGUCAAAAGCUGAAGGAGUCUGAGCUGGCCAGAGAACAGGAGAGGUAUUUACGGUCAAAGAUAUCAGAUGAUACAUCCAGUAUGGUCCGAGAAAACACACUCCUUAACCAGCAAGUCCUUGAGCUACAGAAACAGUUAGAGAGGGAGAAGGGUCUACGAGAGGGUAAUGAGGAGAGGCGGUCUCACAGCAUCGCAGAGCUCGUUACAAUCAAGGAUCGAGAGAAGUCUGUCAGACUAGAGCUGGAGCAAGUCAAGGAGCAGCUGAAACGCGAACAAGAGAGGUGCCAGUUCUACCUGGAGAAACUUACAAAAGAGGAGAACCUCAUCUCAGCUCAUGAGUCUCAGCUGACCACGGCCAAAUCCCGUCAGUCAGAACUGGAGGGUCAGUUUGUUGUGUUGGACGCAGAGAACGCUCAGCUGAGGAAGGACAAGAUGCUGUUGGUGGACCAUGUGGCUGAUCUGCAAAGGAAGCUGGAGGACUCGGAGAGGGAGUCGUUACGGAUGGGCGGUGAGAUCCAGGCUCUGCAGAAGCGACUCAACGGGCUGGAGCACCUGAAGGACUUGGAGAGGACACUACAGAGCCAGAGGUGGGAGGAGUUUGGUCAGUUGGCGGAGAACAUGAGGACACUGUCCCAGCACCAUGGCUAGUCGCCGCUCUGCAAACAUGGACUUUCAUAAACAUGUUCUCAGAACAACCAUGCGCCUGUACAGAGCAGCCACGAACCAUCCACAAAACAACCACGGACCUCUACAGAACAGCCACAAACCAUCUACAGAACAUCCACGAACCUCUACAAAACAGCCACAAACCUCUACAGAACAGCCCCGAACCUCUACAGAACAGCCAUGCACCUCUACAGAACAGCCAAAAACCAUCUACAGAACAUCCACAAACCUCUACAAAACAGCCGCGAACCUCUACAGAACAGCCACGAACCAUCUACAGAACAUCCACGAACCUCUACAGAACAGCCACGAACCUCUACAGAACAGCCCCGAACCUCUACAGAACAGCCAUGCACGUCAACAGAACAUCCACAAACCUUACAGAACAUCCACGAACCUCUACAGAGCAGCCACAAACCAUCUACAAAACAACCAUGGACCUCUGAAAUAACACCCACAAACCAUCUACAGAACAUCCACGAACCUCUACAGAACAGCCAUGAACCUUUACAGAACAGCCAUAAACCUUUACAGAACAGCCACAAACCUAUACAGAGCAGCCAUGAACCUCAACAGAACAGCCACGAACCUCAACAGCACAUCCACGAACCUCUACAGAACAGCUAUGCAUCUCUACAGAUCAGCCACGAACCAUCUACAGAACAACUACGAACCUCUACAGAUCAGCCACGAACCAUCUACAGAACAACCACGAACCUCUACAGAACAGCCACGAACCCCUACAGAACAGCUACAUACCUCUAAAGAACAACCACAAACCUCUAGAGAACAGCCAUGAACCUAUCCAGAAUAGCCACAAUCCUCUAGAGAAUAACCAUAUGAACUGCCAGAUAGCAGCGAUGGACUGAUAGACCAGACAAGAGUUCUUUAAGUAUAGUGGGUAUUCAGCCUGAUAUUUUGUCGAGAUGAAUAAUAUUUUGACGAGCCUGAAGCAUAAAUUUGUUAGACCAUUGUCUUGUGUGGCCAUUUGCCGUUAUCUGGCUUGUUUGCUUCAAUACCAUAAACAUAUAUUAAAUAUUUUUUGCACUUUGAACAUCUGCCUAUAUGUGUGAAUAUCAUGUUGAAAUUGAAGUUUUCAUUCUAACUGUUAAACUGUGAAUCAAAUUUUAAUUUUCCAACUCAGAGAAGUGUGUGAUAUCAGGAUUAAGAUCUCUUAAUCGGGUUGUGUAGCCUAUUUGUUUCUUAGGCUGUAAAGACAGUAAAUGUACAGGCUUAUAAAUAUACUCAUUUUAGUCGUUGUCAAAAAUUUAGGUCAAAUAAAGCCUUUGUGGCUAACACUCGAGGUGUCGCUAUGCAGCUUAUAGUGCCUUGCCUGCACAGCUUAUAGUGCCUUGCUUGCACAGCUUAUAGUGCCUCGCUAGAUCCACAGUAAAUCUUCAGCCUUUUCAACCAGGAAAGCAUUUUGAUCAGCAGAAUUUAUGCAUACAAUUAUUAUGAAAAUGAUGCUAAAAAUGAUCUGUUUGUGUCAUAAAGAGUGCAAGUUUCAUAAAGCAGUGCAAAGUAUUUCUCUACACCCCGUAAUCUCCUCAGUAUGUUUGGGAAUAUUGCUUACAGGGGUGGUUGAAAAGGUUGGUAAAUUAGGCGUAAAUACAAGUGAUACCAGAUAUUAACCCAUGGAUUAUAAACGUGUGAAUGUAGUUUUGUCAAUAGACGUCCAUGCGUCUCAGUCUCCAUGGGACGUACUGUCCUAUCAGUCCAUUCUGCAGAGGUCAGCUUAUUUCAUGCGCAUGUAAUUUGAAAGCCCCUAACUAUUGUCUUAAGCAUGUCAAGCGUGUAUAAUGACAGAUUUGGACACAAUGAUGCAUGUAAUUUGAAAGCCUCCAACUAUUGUCUCAAGCAUGUCAAUUGUGUAUAAUGACAGAUUUUUACACAAUGGUGUAUGGCAAGCAAGUCAUUUAGAAUGCUUGGAAUUGGUAUUUUAAAAACAUCUUAAAUACUUCUUUUUUUUAGUGUAUAAGCUCAUAUUUAUUAGGUUACUUUUUAGCCUUCUGUGUUACACUUUCUGUGGGAAAGUUUGUCAACAAUCUGUGGAUGGUUGUAGGUUUCCCCCAGGGGUCUACCCGUUUUCCUCCCACCAUAAUGCUGGCUGCCGUUGUAUAAGUGAAAUAUUCUUGUGUAUGAUGUAAAACACCAAUGAGAUAAAUAGCUCUACUUUCUGCAUCACUGUGCUCUACAUCAACACAUAUCUAUCAGGUGUGACACAAAUGGUGCAUACAAAUGAGGGACCAAAUUUGAGGAUGUGCAAGUAUUACUUAAAAUGUUUUGAAUUUUAUGAACACGAGAAUAGUUCAGAAAAAAAUUCCAGAUGUUAACUGUGAAAAAUUAGCAAUUUUUUUUUUUUGUACAAGCCCAUAAUGUUUUGAUUUAUGCAUGCCAUAGAAUAAUCGGCAGUAAAUCUUGCCAGCCUUUGACUUGAUCAUUGGUCAAUCAUUACCAUGUAUGUUGUGCCAGCCUUCGACUUGAUCAUUGGUCAGUCAUUACCAUGUAUGUUGUGCCAGCCUUCGACUUGAUCAUUGGUCAAUCAUUACCAUGUAUGUUGUG